UCAAAAAUGGCUUGCAGUCUUAAGCUUGUUGUUUUCAUUGCUUUCUUAGCAGCUAGUUUAAACAACGAGGCCAUGGCCUCAGGCUCAAACCUCGCGGCUCGACUGAAAUUAGAUGAAGAAUCGUCAAACUGUUGGGACUCUCUGAUCCAACUUGAAGCUUGCACUACUGAGAUAAUCCUUUUCUUUCUCAAUGGCGAAACACAUUUAGGUCACGGUUGUUGCCAAGCUAUACGUACCAUCAGUGAACAAUGCUGGCCUAAUUUGAUUGAUACACUAGGGUUUACUACAGAAGAGGGUGACAUACUUGAAGGAUAUUGCAUUAAAGAGGAUGGUAAUUCCUCUCCGCCACCGCCAUCUCCGUCGAAUGUGGUGCCUAAUACGGUCGUUCGCGAGCAGUACCCUUUGGUUCCUUGAGUGCAGAUCGUUUGGAUUUGAAUGAAAAAUAUAAUAUUAAAUAUUGGGUUAUGGUUGGUUUGGCCUAGCGUGCGUUGUUUUAAUUAUAAUUAAGGUGUUCUGCGAGUUGGUUAUGUUAUUUUGGUCACGCUUUUCUGUUUUCUGGAACUCUUAAUUAAAUCAUGG